AUGGACAUGAUGGACGGCUGCCAGUUCUCACCUUCAGAGUUUUUUUACGAAGGCUCCUGUAUCCCAUCCCCUGAGGGUGAGUUUGGGGACGAGUUCGAACCACGGGUGGCUGCCUUCGGGACACAUAAGACAGAGUUGCAGGGCUCAGACGAGGAUGAGCACGUGCGGGCACCUACUGGCCACCACCAGGCUGGUCACUGCCUUAUGUGGGCCUGUAAAGCGUGCAAGAGGAAGUCCACCACGAUGGACCGGCGCAAGGCAGCUACCAUGCGCGAGCGGAGACGCCUGAAGAAAGUCAACCAGGCUUUUGAGACCCUCAAGAGGUGCACCACGACCAACCCCAAUCAGAGACUCCCUAAGGUGGAGAUCCUCAGGAAUGCCAUCCGCUACAUCGAGAGCCUGCAGGAGCUGCUGAGGGAGCAGGUGGAGAACUUCUAUGGUCUGCCUGGACAGAGCUGCUCUGAGCCCACCAGCCCCACCUCCAACUGCUCGGAUGGCAUGCCUGAAUGCAACAGUCCUAUUUGGUCCAGAAAGAACAGCAGUUUUGACAGCAUCUAUUGUCCUGAUGUAUCAAACGCAUAUGCUGCGGAUAAGAGUUCCUUAUCCAGCCUGGACUGUUUGUCCAGCAUAGUGGAUCGGAUCACCUCGGCAGAGCACUCAGUGCUGCCACUCCAGGACCCGGCCUCUCUUUCCCCAGUUGCCAGCACCAAUUCACAGCCUGCAACUCCAGGAGCCUCCAAUUCCAGGCUUAUCUACCAUGUGCUAUGA